AUGCAGCUCUUUGUCUGCACCCAGAAGCUACACACUCUCAAGGUGACCGGCCAGGAGGUGGUCGCUCAAAUCAAGGCUCAUGUAGCUUUGUUGGAGGGCAUUGCGCCAGAAGAUCAAGUCCUGCUUCUGGCAGGCACGCCUCUAGAGGUUGAGGCUACCCUGGGCCAGCGUGGGGUGGAGGCUCUGAGCACUCUGAAAGUAGCUGACUGCGUGAUUGGAGGUAAAGUCCAUGCUUCCCUGGCCCGUGCCGGGAAAGUAAGAGGUCAGAUUCCCAAAGUGGCCAAACAAGAGAAGAAGAAGAUAGGCCAGGCCAAGAGGCAUAUGUAG